UACCCAACAUAUAUACUAUACACUUGUUAUCUUAAUCAUAAUGGCUUUCACAAACCAACAUUUCCAACUCCUCUUAUGUUUUUCCUUAGUCCUUGUCUUAGGGCUUUGGGCGACCCAACCCUUGGCACGUCCUCUCGACGAUCACAAGGCAAGUUUGUCACUAAGGAAGAGGCACGAGCUUUGGAUGGCUCAAUAUGGACAUGUCUACAAAGAUGAGAUCGAAAAGGAGAAGUGUUUCAACAUAUUCAAGACAAAUGUUGAAUACAUAGAUAAUUUCAAUGCUAAUGCAUCAAAUAAAUUGUACACAUUAGGUACAAACGCCUUCACGGAUUUAACCACAGAGGAGCUAAUAGCUACUCGCACCGGUAUUAAAAAACAAUUUAUUUCGGAAUCAAUGUCCACAAGGACAACCCGGUUUAGGUAUGAAAACCUUACCGAUGAUGAUAUCCUACCUUCAAUGGAUUGGAGAGAACUCGGAGCCGUUAUGGGGGUUAAGGACCAAGGGUUAUGCGGAAGUUGUUGGGCAUUUUCAGCAGUCGCGGCAGUAGAAGGGCUAAACAAAAUAAAAACAGGACAACUAAUCUCACUAUCAGAGCAAGAACUUCUGGAUUGUGUUCAAGAUUACGGCUGUGGUGGCGGAGAGAUGACAAAAUCAUUUACAUUUAUACAACAAAACAAAGGCAUAUCAACAGAGGACGAGUACCCAUAUCAGGACACUCAGUCGCAGUGUCAAGCUAGUACUCUUGGAAGCAAUAAUGCAGUGACAAUAGACGGGUUUCAAAGAGUUCCUAACGAUGAGUCCGCCCUUAUGAAAGCAGUUUCGCAACAGCCUGUCGCGGUUUGUAUUGAUAUUCAUGGACUUGACUUCAGACACUACAGCAAUAGUAUCUUUAAUGGGGAGUGUGGCCGCGAUAACAUUAAUCAUGCUGUUACUGUAGUCGGGUAUGGGACUGAUACAUAUGGGACUGAUUAUUGGGUGUUGAAGAAUUCGUGGGGUGAAAGUUGGGGAGAAAAUGGUUAUAUGAGGAUCAUUAGAGGUCAAAACAAAUGUGGUAUCACUUCCUACGCUUCUUAUCCUAUAUGAUUUUACCAAACCUUAGUUUGCACAAAGAAUGACCAGAUCAUCUGUUGCUGUAUGUGAGUUUUGGUCAGUUUGCCAAUGUUCUGAGGUUAUUUUUUCUGUUGGUGUUUUAUUAGGUUGUUUUAUUUUUGCCAGUGUGAAUGGAUUUUUUUUUGUUUCACCUUAUGUCAUGACGUGAUAGCUUUAUACAAAUAGUGCUCUUUUCCUGAGAAAUAUCUUUAUUAGUGAAACUUAAUUC